AUCGAAGGAAUGCUUUCGGGGGCAAAAAAUGAAUAAAGUAUCACAUGUGUCCUUCACUGGUGAAACCGAAGUAAAGUUCUGAACGAGUGCGCGAUAUUAUGAUUCAGACCCGCAGUCGAGGGAUUGAUGUCGCUCACAUGGCUCAAGAGCCUCCCGCGUUCGAUUGCGCCAAAUUGUGAUCUUACCACACGGUCUCACACUUUGUUUAGUAUGUAGUGGUAUGUUCGUUUUCUUGGCAAGCUACAUAGCGUAAUUUUAAUAGAUUUGCCACGUGAAGGAAAAUACGACAAAAACUUGCCCCUAGAUUGGCCCUCCCCAGUUUCGCCCCAGUCCUACCGCCAUGGUGCACGCGCAUCGGGCACGGCUGGAAGUGAAAAGUCGGAAACUAAUGGUCAAUAAUAGGUUCUUGUGCAGAGGAGCGACAAGAAGGCACAAGAUGGCUGGUUGCAGAAAAUCAUGAGCCUGUCUCAGCUACCUCUGGACAGAUUGUCUCGGGAACGCUUGAAGCUGGAGGUACACAGAUUGCAUGGAUUUGGGUGAUUUGUUGAGGUGCCGCUCGCUAUCUCCAAGGAUGCCAAGCGGUUAGUGAUGGAGGGAUGCGAUUCGCAGAUGUUGGUUGUGGUUCAUGGGAGCUCCGAAUUCCAGAUCAGGAGUUUCGAUUCUCCACAGAAUUGCAGUCCAUGCUGCGGACUUGACGUUCAGAUCGGCCUCGUCGACGGAAAUGUACGAAGCUGGAGCUAGGAGUCUAAGCCUGGCAGGUCGAAAAUCCCCCACCAUGCCAAUGCCGAUCAUCGACUGUGGAGAUGUUUUUCCGGAGUCCACCAAGUGUCCAUCAGGGCGCUGCAAGAUAUCUGCCUGCGUACACCAGAAAUUGCCUGAGAAGAAUAUUGAGCGGGAAGAGGCUGCACUUGAAGGCCUGGGUGUCGUCUUUCGAAGAGGAACUGGUAGAAUGCCCGAGCUCGUCGUCGCUCAUUUGUCCGAAAUGACAGUCGCGGAGGAUCUCAGGCUAUUCCUUCGUGGGCUGCACCGAAGCGGAAUGCUUGCCAGGGCAGAUCUUGUGCUUCUCUUUCCGUGGCGACCUCUCCCCCGGAACUUUGCAGAAAUAAUUUAUGAAGAAGAGAGAUAUUUUCAGAAAUUGCUUGAUCAGUCUCUUCAAGCGGAAGCUGGAGAACCGACGGAAGGGUUUCGAAAUUCUAAGCUAAGCAUCUUCAAUUCUGCGUCGUACACUCUACUGCUGUCUGUGACUCCUUCCAGAAAGGGGCCGCAGGAUUCUCUGUGGGGUAGUGCGAGCGCAGGAAAUGUUUCUGCCUCCGCUGGAACUAAAGACGAUGGGGUGCAUUUCGGCGCCAUUGUUGGGUUCGACAUGCAAGAGCUUGACGCCGGUGACGCUCUCAGUGGGUUCUUGAACUCACCACUCGCCGGCCUUCGGCGCUGGGUUUGUUAUCAGAUCCUGUUGGGAAUGGUGCGCCAACAUUAUCGUCACGCUUUGCUCACCGAAGUUACAGGCGUGUUUAUUCUCGAGGAUAUCUUCGCCCCCCUGAAGAAGAAAGUUACUAGCCUGCACCUGUAUUACACUGGCAAGCGAUGGGCCGACGCGGACUCUUCAUCUACACUGCCUAGCAAUAUCCUAACGCCCAGUAGUGAAGAAUUAAACGCAACUGGGCUCAUGGAGAACGUCUACGGGCAAAGGUAUUGGAAUUCCAUGGACGAGGAGGAUAAGCGCCGGAAGGUGAUCAGCACUGGAGUGAUCAUGGGCGGAAUUCGCUCCGUUCGCAGCGUGACCACUGCGAUGGCUACUGAGAUAGUUCGGGUUGCUCUUCUUCGCAAGAGCAGGGAACCGUUCAAUCCUGAGGCUAUCUUGAGCUUCUUAGUGCACAAAUCUUCGGUUCUGGGCAAGAAAGUGGCUUCCCAUCUCCAGCUUCAUGAGAGUGGAAUGUCGUCUGUAAACCUACUCCCCGGGCCGUCGCGCGGUCCCCAUUUCAAUGACUUCUUCCGGCGUGUCGACACCCGGUUUGCUGUGCUUCAGGGAUUCAAAAACAAAGGCGUCGCCGAAUCUAGACGAACCAAUAUACUCCAGUCCCUACGACGAGACCUCUGCAGAUCAGUGAACGACCCCUAUAUUUACACGGAUUGCCACAGCAGCAGAUAUCCCGUGGAGAUGGAUUUAUCAUAACCUUCCUCGUUUCAAAUUCCCAUCUUCUCUAGUGUUUGCGCGGCCUCUGCUUGUUGCAUGAUAAUCCACGAAAGGACGACAGCCAUCAUUGUGGCAGGUCUGAGUCCUCGUCCAGCUUCAACUGCAGACCAAUUACUACAGGGAGAUGAGAAUAGGCAGCAGUAGCAAUAGCCUCAUUCGCGGAGGAUGGACCUCCGCCCAGUGGGGGCUCAGCAGUGUCGAUCGAUCCACUGCUCCUACACCGACAACAGUUGCAGAGCCACGCAGGAAACAUAUUGUCUCCGAAGCUGCAACCCUAGCAGUGGAUGAGCCUGAACAGACCUGGGUUGCAUUACUGUCCUGAAAAACCCCAAUUAGGUGAUUAAAAGAAGCUGAUAAGUUCAUGUUUUUCCAGAGUGUACCAUAUAUCUAUUUCACAGGCUUGGUUCCAUUCUACCUCGUCCCACACCCAUCAUGCAACUCCAAAUUAGUGAUCCUCCUGCGAGUCUGUCUGUCUGACUUUGCAUGAGUUGCUUCGGCGAGAGAGUAGUGCCGAUUGAGUGUGUCUCGAUAGCGAGGUUGCCCUUCUGACAUCCUCUUACCAUUAUUGAGCAGUACCAGCAGGCCUACGAACCUCUGAUUGCUCCUUCAUCGCUAUCUUCCGUUGUCGUCUAGCUCCUGCAUCACUUGAGAGGCCUGAGCUUGAGUUCAGUCCUGAAGCUCUUUUUUUGUGUCUUCCAAUUCAGAGCUUCGGCGUCAAUGUUGCAAUUGUGAACAUAUUUAGGGAUCCAGUUGUACAUGGCCUUAUAUUGUCAAUGAUGAUAUCAAUUUGAAAAGCUCUUAUUCAAUGAUA